GAGGAGCUCGUUCAGCAGCAGCUGCAGCGUCGUCGCCAGUGGCAGUCCUUUCGGUGAAGAGUUCAGCCGUCGUCAUUCGCCGUCGCCAUCGUUGUUGGUUGUGCUUUCGCCAUUCAUUGCCCGUCUGUCGUCGCCGUCGUUGCUCGUUGUUGCCGUCGCGUCGUCGGUCGGUCGGUCGCUCGUCCGUCGAGGUUCCCAGCGCAAAAUGACAAAAUGUGGAUAUUUUUUUGUAUUUUGAACUUUUGACCCGUACGCAAUCAGUUUGACAGGGUGACACCUGCACGUGGCAAAGGACAAGUGUAAGCAGCAGAAGAAGAGCCAAAGAGCGCAGCGCAUAUAAGUGAAUAAAAAAAAAACAAAAAAAAAAAAAGAAAACAAAACUGUCCGUCCAGCAGCUGUAACAAAAGCGACUAUAGCAACAAAUGAACUAAAUACCAAGCUAAGUAGCUAAAAGCAACAACAACAGCAACAUUGUCAACUACAUCAGCAGCAACAACAGCAACUACAACUACGACUACAAAGAGUGAGAAGAGGCCAUUACUCAAAAUUGGCCAUUGGCAGGCCUACAACACACAGACACACUCACACCCACACAUACAUUGUGACACGUACACACUCACACACAUAUGCGCAGCCUUUUGCCGCAGUCAUAAAAUAAUCAAGCAAAGGCAAAGAACUGAGCGGAGAACGGGCGAAAGGCAAAGGCGAAGGAGCAAGCGAGAGGACAGAGAGAGCUGAGCAAAGUGAAAACACUUGCUUGCUGGCUUGUUGGGGCUGUCUGAGAAGAGAGCAGCAGAGGCGGAAAGGAAGAAGAGGCGUCACUGCAUCGUCGUCGUCGUCGUCGAACUGCUGCUGACGAAACAUCUCCGUUGGGACGCAUAAAGCAAUUAGCAAAGGUUGACUUGACGCACUGCCAGGCGGGGAUCGCUCAUACGUUCGUUCGUUCGUUGGUUGGUCAGGAUUUUGUGGUGUGGCUUCCUUCCACAUGUCCAUAUCCAAUGCCAGCUAGUGCUAACAUGCGUGCUGUGGAUGUUGUGGAUGUGUCGCAUCCCUGGGUUAUAUUUAGACUAAUUACGCGACUGGCAACGCACAACAGCGGGAAUGGAACACCACCCACAACAAUUGCCCAGCUCCAGCGGCUGCUGUGAGAGUUGAACGGCAAUGGUGGCAGAAAAACAACAACAGCAAUAACAAGAGGAAGCCAACAACACGAACAAGAAUAACAACAAAUAAGAACAGCAACAACAUCAGCCGCAACGCAACAUAAAGCAAAAGCAAGAAACGAACUCGAAUCUCCCUGUGAUAUAACUGCACCGUAGUUGUAAUCGUAAAACGUAAAUCAUAGCUUUUAGUUAUCGUUUAUCGAUUAAUAGCUUAACACUGAUUCUAAGCUAAACUAACAAGAUAAACAACAAUUUCUCAACACUUAAUUAACGCCUCUCGUGCACCGACAGCCCAAUAAAUAAUAUAUACAUUAUAUAUAUACAUAUAUAUAUAUAGAGAUAUUCAUACAUAUACAUAUAUAUAUAUAUAAUAUACAGAUAUUUAAGCUAUAUAUACAAAAUAGAAGGAACUACACUCUCUGCCUCCCAUUAAAAAUUGCUCUCCCCGUUUUUGGAAUACUUUGCUGCCCGUUUGCCAGUUUGCCGAUUUUGCCGCCAGACCUGCGCCGUUUAAUUGAGAAAUCCGGAUCCUUGCAACGCCGGACAUAGACCAAUCAUCAUCAGCAUAACAAACAAAACACACAUUUAGUGACUCAACAUGGGAGAUGAGGCGGACAAACGCACCACAAAGGAGAAACUGCUCUUCUAUACGACGGCGUUCUUCAUACUCCUCGGCACGUUCAGCAUGUUUGCAUUCCUGUUCCUCGUGCCGUUCGUCAUCGAGCCAGCGUUCACCACCAUAUUCAUGCAGUUCGAGGAGGUGCCAGCGCUGUGCGAGACCUACGACACCGAAAUCUAUUUCGGUGCCAAGAACUGUUCGUGGUCAUCGUGUCGCGAGGGUUGCACAAAGGAUAUAUACACGUGCACUCAGAUCCGUGUCAACUAUCGACUGAAUCUCUAUAAUUAUACGGAUGAGUUUAACUUCACGGAGUAUCACAUCAAUCUGAAGGAAUCGGAACGUGUCAUACCGCCCGUCAAGCGAACAGAUCGCUAUGAGCGCGCUCUACGGGAUUACGAGUACGAUAAUCUGGGUGCCGGAGAUGCCAACUCCAUCAUGGAUAUGGACGUGGAUACUGUGGGUCCCAGUGGUGGAUCACUGAGUGGUGGCAGUCGAUUUGAGCAACUGAACUUUGGUGAUGCCGAUGGCUCAAAUGGCUAUUUAAUCGAGGAUUCGGAGGACACAGUGGGUCUCAGUGCUGCGGGCACACUGCUCAAUGGCGAGCGUCGACCAUUCGACGAGAUCUCCGAACUGAACGAGGGUCUGAUGGGCAAUAACUCGGCGUACUUUUAUGUCGGUGCCCGACUCUUUCCCAAUGUCAAGGGUUGUGGUUAUCCGCCCAUGCUGAACUGCACAAUUUGGCUGAAGCGCUACACGAAGGUGGGCAUGAAGUUUCCCUGCUAUUACUCCAAGGUGGAUCCCAGUCUGGUGAUCAGCGACUUGGACUAUUGGCAGAACACACUGAAUCUGGUCUAUUCAAUGGCCAUUCCCAUACCGUCGUUCAUCAUCUCGGUGAUUUACCUGACGUACGCGUACUUUAAGAUCUACAACGAGGACGAGGAGACGGCGCCGCUCGAUAAGAAUGCUGAGGAUAUGGACAUUGAUGACAUCGAUGCCGUCGAUGAUAGCGAUGGCGCCGUUUUGGCUGACAAUGCUGCCGGCAGCCAGAUCGUCAACAUGGACUCAACGACCAAUGACAGCUGCCUGGAGGGCGUGCUGCCCAACGGUGGUCCUGGUAUGACCACAUGCAUAUCGCAGGGCGGCUCCAUCACCACGCCUGGCCACUACAUUGCUCAGUCGCCGGCGGGUUCACAGAUGAUGACGCCCAACUCGGAGAUCAACUCGUUUGGCCAUCAGCUCAAAGUGCAAAUGGCCGAUGAGUUGUCCAGGGAUUCAUUGGAGAAUGGCGUGCUAUCCACGUCGAACUCUGUGCAAGGAAACUUGAGCAAGACGAUGACGACGAGUAUCUCAACUCCACCUGGGCCGACAGCGGCAGUCUGAAACGUCAGGCGCAUGGUCUGGAAAAUGUUAGAUUCCGAUUCGGAAAAUGAACCGCUGCUGGAUGGCGAAUCCUAGACAGCAGCAAGUUGGUUCACCGAAGUGAAAGUAUAAAACGGAGCAAGCAACAAGAAGAAACCCAAGUAUUUCUACCCUAAAACAAUCGAUAAACAACGCAUACAACUAUGCGAAGCGAACCUGAAUACCUUCAGAGCUGUUAAAGACAUUUAAAAAUAACUAUGAUAGAUUAUAUUUACCUAACACACACUACACAACAACAAACACAUGUCGCACACACACACACACACCCGAGUCACAUAAUAUUACGAUAGAUCGGAGUUAUUUUCGAAUAAGCUUAACACUCAUAACACAUUCAAUUGAAAUUAACAGAGCGUGUUUCCGAUAUGAUCUGACGGGGGACGCAUCGGAGACAGUCGAGGACACUUUUUAAAGGAUGCGAGGCAUGACGAAGGUGUUACUUUAAUUGGUACAAAUACAAUAACAAGCAGACGAUGGCGAAAAAAAAUAAAAAAAAGAGUACGAAAAGGAAUACUUCAGUACUAUAUACCUAAAAAGCAAAUUAUAAAACUUAUACACAAUACAUAUACAAAUAUUUACUUGGAAUUAUUUUUCUAUUUGCAACAAUCGCUGACGACUCGAAAGCAAAUCGCAAGCAAAAAAUAAUAAAUAAUUAAAAAAAAACCAAAGAAAAAAUCUUAAAAAAAAAAUACAAAA